UGCUAGCGUCCCUGACCGUACAGGGAGCAGGUGCGGGGCUGGGACGCGCCCUGGAGACCAGCAGGAUGGGGAACAGCACAUCAUCAUCUUUGGGGAAGUCAGCAACUGCUCCUGUGAAUCAGAUCCAAGAAACAAUUUCUGAUAAUUGCGUGGUGAUUUUCUCAAAAACAUCUUGUUCUUAUUGUACGAUGGCAAAAAAACUUUUCCAUGACAUAAAUGUUAAUUAUAAAGUGGUGGAAUUGGACAUGCUCGAAUAUGGAAGCCAGUUUCAAGACGCUCUUUACAAGAUGACUGGUGAAAGAACCGUGCCAAGAAUAUUUGUCAACGGAACUUUUAUUGGAGGCGCAACUGACACUCAUAGGCUUCACAAAGAAGGGAAAUUGCUUCCACUGGUUCAUCAGUGCUAUUUAAAAAAAAGUAAGAGGAAAGACUUUUAGUGAUGUUGGUGCUCAUAACUUUGCUAGUCAAGUGUCAGUUAUUUAAAGUGAUAAUGCCUUUUAAAUGUUUGAGGAUGUUUGAAAUAUGUGAAUUAUCUUCAUGAAAACGUAAGAAUAAUGAACAAUAAAUCACUGUGGAAACCU